GUUUCAAUUCAAAUUUACAGGGACAAUUGAAUAUUUUCCCCAAUUCUAAUCGAUCGAUCCCAAAUUCCCCCAAUGGUGUGGUUUCAGUGCGAAGAUUGUGGCGAGAGUCUGAAGAAGGCAAGGCUCCCGGGACACUUCAGUAUGUGCAGUGCCACCAAGUUAUCUUGCCUUGACUGUGGAAACAUGUUUGCGCAAGAUAGCGUUCACUUUCAUAAUCAGUGCAUCACCGAAGCGGAGAAAUAUGCUUCAAAGGGGAUAUAUAAUUUCGGGAAUUCGAAACGAAAUCAUCUCGGUUUCGAUAUAAAUGGCGAGUUAUACGAGAGUCCUUCUUGGUUUUGUAGCUUAUGUGAUGCAAAUAUGACUUGCGAGCAGGAUUAUUUUGCUCAUGUCUGUGGAAAGAGACACCGAGAGAAAGAAAAAGAGGUUGCUGAACAACCAACAGAUGAUAAGGACAACUUAAAACAACAGCCCGACUUAGAUAUCUAUGUUGGUUUAUCAAACCACUAUCCAUGGUUCUGUAGCUUGUGUAACAUAAACGCUACCAGCCAGCAGACUUUGUUGUCCCAUGCCAAUGGGAAGAAACACCAAGCGAAGGUCAAACGGUUUGAUGCUGAACAACAGCAACGACAAUCAAAACAACAUUCCACGAUGGAUAAGAAGGACAACUCAAAUCAACAGAUCGAAGUUGAUAUAAAUGUCGGGUUAUCCAAUCGUCCUCCAUGGGUUUGUAGGUUGUGUAACACAAAGGCUUUCAGCCAGCAGACUUUGUUAUCUCAUGCCAAUGGAAAGAAACACCGAGCGAAUGUUGAAUGGUUUCUUGCUGAACAACAACAACAACAAUUAAAAACACCCACGGUGGAUAAGAAGGAUACAAUUGAAAAUGCUUCUAAUGGUGAUUUCGAACAGAAUAAAGUAUAUUUGCCUGUCUCCUCAGGUGUUACUAAUGGAUAUUCACAGGCUGACAAAAAGAGAAAGCUAGAGACUUUCGAUGAAACAGAGAACAGGGAGGUAGUUCAGGCCGAAGAAGCGAAAGGAGGGGGUGAGGAAAAGAGUGAAAGAAAGAAAGCCAAGAAGCAAGACAGUGAGAGGAAGGGAAAUCAGGAGACUAAGUCAGACUCUGAUUUCGAGUAUGACAAGGAAGACAUUAAGCAGCUGUUGGUAUCUUACUCGAAGGAAGAGCUUGUCAACCUCGUAUACAAGACUGCCGAGAAGGGCUCUCGAUUGUUCUCUGCCAUCAUUGAGUCGGCGGAACGUGACAUCGCUCAGCGCAAUAUAUUUGUGCGUGGCUUUGGAUGGGACACAACGCACGAGAACCUCAAGGCCGCUUUUGAGUCCUAUGGGGAGAUAGAGGAGUGCACGGUGAUCAUGGACAAGGACACUGGAAGAUGUAAAGGUUACGGGUUUGUGUUGUUCAAGACACGGAAGGGAGCAAGAGAGGCAUUGAGAAAUCCAGAGAAGAGGUUGUACAACCGCAUAGUGGUAUGUAACCUAGCAUCAAAGAAGCCGUCUGGGGCUGGAAAGGUGCAAGAUAUGGUUGAACCGGUGAAGAUUGAUCUAACUCAGAUGGCUAAUCAGCCGGUGAAGAUUGAUCUAACUCAGAUGGCUAAUCAGAGUGAAGUGACGUUCCCGGGGCGUGAACUGCCUCACCGGUAUGCACUCGAGAAUAUGCACCAGCAACAGGCUAUGUACAGACAGAACAUACCCUUUUACGGACACUGUCAGCUUGCUGAUUUUGACCCGAUGUAUGGUGCACUGCCUGGUAAUCAAAUGGUAGCUGCUGGUCAACCAAACUAUUGUAUGUUUGGUUCGGGUAUGAUGAUGAACCAGGGAUCGAUGUUGCCACCACCUAACCAUAUGGGCAUGGGAGGGCAAUAUUUUGGUGAUGGCGAACAUGCUUGGCAUCAGAGGUAGCUAAGAUCAAUUGGUGAAGCUUUCUUUUAAAGUAGACUUUUAAUCUACGGUUAGGCUAUUAAUUCAUCUGGUGUCUUUAUGAAAUCUAUCAUGAAGCCAGAAAAACUAGUUUCCGGUUUUCGAGUUCUGUGAAUAUAUAAUAACCAAAUUAAAAUUAGAGUUUUUUUGGGUUUCGUUUUUUUUUUCUGGAUGAAAAUAACUAUAAAGUUGAAUAAAUAAUUGACUUCCUUAAA